GUCAAUCAGCUGUAAUCGAAACACCUCGUUUUCGCAAAGCAUAAACAGUUCUUAUUGAGUAAAAAACGAACUUAAAAGCAGAUUGCAAUUUGUCAAUGGCAAAAUGGCAUCCACAAUUAAUAGAGAACAAUUCUGGAGCGUCAUUUCAAUUCUUUUAAAGAACUACCAUACAAUAAAUCGCACAAUAUGUGCCUGUGUUAUUAAAAGGGUAGAAAUUCUUUCGCAGACUGAUGAGCAGGUCUCGGUUCCAACGGGAAUGCUAUUUAAGCACCUUCAGGAUAUUUCAAAUAACCAAGAUAGAGCUUGUGAAGGUUUUGUUAUUGACAUGAAAUGCUUACCAAAGAAACAGCAAAACAAUAUCGAAGCCGUUGGUAUAUUGGACUUUCGCAAGGAUUCAUUUAAAUUUACAUUUAAAUCCGAUGACAUGGAUGAUUUUGAAGUCAAGUUUCGCAACGGCGACUUCAGCAUAGAAAAUCUAAAUCCGUUGGCUGAUACGGAACGAUCUGUAAGAUGGUUCAAUUAUGUUUUAAAACCUAAACUUUUGAAGUGGGUUCUUUCAAAAGGUAAAAAUACAGAAACUGCUGGAAAUAAUGGUUCAUUAUGCUUGGUCGACAUUGAAAAAUACAACUGUCUUUACAAGGAACUAAAAAGAAAAUACAGCGAAAAAGCUUUGCAGUUAUGGAACGAAGCAAAUGAGUCAACGGAUCCAUUAAAGUUUAUAUAUGAAGAUUUAGCAAUAGCGGCAUAUCUUAUAACGCUGUGGCAAGCCAGUGAUUUAAAUAAUACUUCGGUGGAAGCAUUUGCCGACUUAGGUUGUGGUAACGGUCUCCUUGUCUAUAUUUUAAUAGAAGAAGGUUUUAAAGGUUAUGGCUUUGAUGUUAGAUCACGAAAGAUUUGGUCUUACUAUUCCAGUAAUGUUGCCCAAUAUCUGUACGAACAAACUAUUGACCCACUGAAUUUUAAUUUACCAGUUGAUGUAAAUUGGAUAAUUGGAAACCAUUCAGAUGAACUUUCGCCGUGGGUUCCAGUUUUGGCUGCAAUUAACAACUAUCGAAUGAAUUACUUCCUUCUGCCCUGUUGCGCCUUUGAAUUCUCCGGUAACAAAUUUCAAAGGAGAAAUUCUUCGGUUUCUACUUACAACGAUUUCAUUACGUACACUCAAAAUAUAUCCAUGCAAUGUGGAUUUGAAACCGAAAAGGACCGCUUGAAAAUCCCAAGCACUAAACGAAUGGCACUUAUUGGUCGAAGUCGUAACUAUUCCUCAACUAUGCACUUAAACAAAAUUAAUGAUAUAAAACAGUUUGUGUGCGAAGAGAAACAAAUGCACCCAAAUUUCACACAAGAUGAAAUUAAAUUGCGAGGCAAAGUAGAACUGGUUCGCAACUGUACGCAGAUUGACGAGGCCGUAAUAAACAACAUUGUCAUGAAAAUAUUUCUUCUGCUCCUGAACGGAAACAGCGCCACUGCUAAUACCUCUAAUGAAGAGUGGUUGGUUGGAUGUACAUUAGAAAUGACAAAAAUAGCUGAAAAACUAGGAAAGGAAGAUUUGAAGCAAAUUAAAUCGGAAUGCGGAGGUCUUAAAACCUUGCUACGUAAUAAACAUGAAAUCUUUGAAAUUGUUAAGCCAGACUUAGUAAAAAUACGCAGGCCACAGUAUAAGGUUGCGAAUAGCCACAUACCAAAGACCACCAAGAAACGUUUAUGCUUUUUUCACGAAAAUCAUCCACAAGGUUGUCCUCUUUCAAACGAAGAAUGCACCUUUCUUCACUAAUUUCAAAUUUAUUAUUUGAUGAAUUUUAAUUAUUACCUGAUUAUAAAAAUUAUAUUCAUUAAAAUUUACGAUGUAUAUUUGAUACAUACAUUAUAUAUGUUUUUAUGGAUUCGUAA